CCAGGCUCCGGACAGCCCUCGACCCCGCGGCUGGACGUGGCGGUGGCGGCCGCACUCCGAGCGCGCUCUGCAGCCACCCCGCCGCCCCUGCAGCCCCGCGCCGGGACACUUCCUGCUGCCGCCGGAAGUGAAGCCGGCCGGACCCGCGCACCCACCCGGCAGGCCUUGCCGAGGCCACGCGGCCUCCCACGGACCUCCUGACGCGGCCUGCGAGCCCCGACUCCGGCCGUAGCUCUCCUCGCUUUAGCUCACAUGCAGAGGCUGCGACUCCGAGCCCCGAGCCAGCGGCUUCGUUCUGGAACCAUGUUCGCGCGGAACUGCGUGUGGCCCCGCCGCUCGUGAUGGCCGGAACCGGUGCUCCAGAGAGCACUUCCGGCGGAGCAGCAUGGCGGCCGCCGGCGGAGACUCACGUGUGCGCGCGGGGAAGAAGCUGAAAGGCGCACAGAAGAAGCAGCGGUCGCGGAAGAAGGCUGCCAGCCCCGACACGGCAGAACCGGAAGGUGUGAUGGAAGACUCCAGAUCAAAAAAGGACCUCUUUUCUGACGACGAAGCAAUAGAAGCUGACCACGAAGAUGAGGUUGGACCCAGCGACAGCGACAAUGAUGCUGAAUCUACUCCUGGAACCAAUGCGGGCUGGGCAGAUGCCAUGGCUAAAAUCCUAAACAAAAAGAUCCCCAAAAGCAAACCCACGAUCUUGGUCAAGAACAAAGAGCUGGAAAAAGAAAAAGAGAAGUUACAGCAAGAAAGACUAGAGAAGAGAAAACAGCUUGAUAAGAAGCGGGAAUGGGAAAUGAUGUGCAGAGUCAAACCAGAUGUCGUCAAAGACAAAGAGACAGAGAGGAACCUUCAGAGAAUCGCAACAAGGGGUGUGGUGCAGUUAUUUAAUGCUGUUCAGAAGCAUCAGAAGAACGUUGAUGAGAAGGUAAAGGAAGCUGGAGGCUCUGGCAGGAAGCGGGCUAAGUUGAUGUCAUCUGUUUCCAAGAAAGAUUUCAUCAGUGUUCUGAGAGGGAUGGAUGGAAACACAAAAGAGAAGAGCUCCGCUGGGAAGAACCUGCAGGCGAAGCAGGGUGACGUGAAGUCAGCCGAAGGCCCGGGAUGGACAAUCCUGCGAGAUGACUUCAUGCUGGGCGCCUCCAUGAAGGACUGGGACAAGGAGAGCGAGGGCCAUGACAGCGACCCAGCGCACUAGUCUCUCGCUCCUGGAUGGAGGGGUCCACCUUCCCACUCAGAGAGCUGGAAAUCAAAAGGACGCCUCUCACAAGAAAGACAGACGGUUUCUCAGCGUGGGCUUUAUACAGACUUUUUUUUUUUCUUUUAAUUUUAUUUUGUUUUCAAAUUCCCUUGGCCAUAAAUUUUGUGAUAACUGCAUCUCUAGCUGGUGUGUGAUUCUAAGCACUCCUCAGAACAUUUGUAAGAAGCAAAGUGAGAUGGCGCGUUGCCAGGCCAUUACAGGUUGGCGUGCUGGGCACGCACAGUGCUGUUUUGUCUCAGUAUCACCUAUGCUUCUGGAAAUCCAAUACCAAUUCAUAAUGAAAAUGAACGUGAAGUUAAUAUUUUUCAGCCCUUCCACUUACGUUGGGAGGGGUUGGGGGCUGGGGGAGGCCAGGCGUUGGAGAUUGUUUUGGUGAACUAUUGAGGAGACUUGUGUAGUCAAAGUCCCUGAUGUUGGAUGAUAGAUUGGAUAUCCUGGCAAACAGGAUUUUUUAAAAAAAAAAUCGAGUGUUUCCUUCCUUUACUUGCCAGUGUAUGUAUUGGGAUGUCAGGGAAGUCAUGAUGCGUUUUUGCAUAGACAAUCCAUCAUGACUUUUCCAAAAACCCAAUUAGAAUAACAGCUAGAUGUAUUUCAGGUGUUAGGUUAUUUUUGUAUGACAGAUUUAUUGACAUGGAAACUCUUGUGUUUAACUUAUGCCAGGAGGUAUGAUCUUAUAUAAAACAUACUGGGGGUGGGGGCUAAAGCAUAUUUGACAUGUUUCUGUCUUUCGCCUGCUCCUCCCCCUUGCAUAUUUAAGUUAAAUUCUUUUAUCUGCCGCCUGGCCCAUGAAACGAUGGAACAUCCUGGAAAGCGACGGACUGUUUUGCAUCUGAAUACUGCAUUGAUUCCUUUACUGCUGUUAAAGAGUAAUUUUUUAGUAUAUAACUGUAAACAAAAAGAGAGUGGAGGAAGUAGUGGAAUACUCCUCCAAAAUUAAAAAAGAGAAGAGAAAGUAGUUGAGAACUGUCCCAGCAUUUCUGUGAAACUGGGCCUAUAGUCUCUCGUUCGUAGGGGAAUUAUCAAAGGUGAUGGCUGCUUUUCUCUGUCUUUCCAUAGCGAGAAUGAUUCCCUCUUCCUUUUUACUUGUGCACAACCGAGUCUAUAUGGAUGGAAGGAUAACUCUCCCAACACAGAACUAAGGAGAUAAGUGAAACAUUUCAAACCCAUUUGAUUGUUAAAAGUGUCACCUAUCGACAAAUCAGCUGCCGCGCCCGGCUACACAGUAAAGGCGGUAAAGUCACCAGCCCAGAAAAGCUGCAGGUGCCGUUUUGCUUUCAUCUCAGUGUUUGUAUCUUCUUGCCAUUUUAUCCAUGUAACAUAAAUGUGAAUACAUAUUUCUCAGUACUAAUUCACUAAGUAUCCCAGUAUAACCAGCCACAGAUAAAUAUUUUAAUAGAACUUCACACACAGAUCAUUUUGAAAACAUACAUCGGCAGCGUCUAAAAAUUUCCUUCCUGGAAUUAAAGGUUAUCAUUAUUCUUCUUAUUAUUAUUGCUGUGAAACCUUCUGAAUUAUACUAGAGAACUAGAGCUUUGUAAAAGCACUUUCAAAUAAUAUAUCUGGGCGAUAGAUACUGGCAAAUGACUUCUAAAAUGUUUUGAGACAUACACUGUAUCAUUUUUGUUUUAGUUUAGAAAAACUGAGAGAGACUUUUCAAACUGAAAGAGACCAUCCUCAGAUUUUCUUCUUUCAGAACUCAUCCCAAAAUAAAGUCCUAAUAAAGAGAAUUCCCAAGGUUGAGCUGCGAACUGGAGUAGGAGCCAGUUCUCUUGCUGAGGCGCUAAAGAACCAGGUCUGAGGGGUGGAUGCCUGUGAAAGCCUGAGCCUUCCUCAUGUAGGUGGGGACCUGGGACUUGAACCCGGGUCCUUUCGCACUGUGGUGUGUGCCCUCAACCAGGUGCACCACCACCCAACCCUUUAAGUGAGAUACUUCUAGCAGCAAUUGAGCACCCAGUCCAGAAACUGCA